AUGGGAUCCAACGUUGAGCUGGUAUGGCCAGAGUCAGAGGCAUAUUCCUCACGGGUGAACAACUGCUCACAUGCAAAUUCAUCCCUAGCUGUAAUUCGAGCGAAGUUGAGUGCCGAACAAUUAGAACAAUUCAAGACAUCAUGCUUUGGCCAUCUUCUGAAUAUAGAUAAGAUUCAGUUUAGCGGGCAGAUUGUGCAUGGGGUUGUGUUGCGUAGAGUAGCGGGGCAGGGGGCUUUCGUUUUGGGGGAAGUGCCUGAAGUUUCCAGUGGAGAAAGUGAUGAAAUUAGACUUCAGAAAAGAUAUUUUAUAGACGAAGGAAUUACAUGUAAUGCUUUAGAAGAAGCAUUUGUGAGGUGCACAGAGGAAGAUGACGUCUACAAGCUAGCUCUUGUUUACUUUGCUGAGUUAGUGGUUUUGGGAAGGGACAAACAUUUGAACAUCAAUCUAAAUUACCUGACCCUUGUAGAGGACUUGGAUGCGUUCAACAGGUUUCCAUGGGUUUCGGUAACCGGAACAAGCCGGAGAAAUGAGAAGGGCAAGAAGGAUAACCAUGGUGAAGUGCAAAGGGGUGGCUGGAGUUUUAAAGGUUUCACGUAUGCUUUCCAGAUUUGGGUAUAUGAAUUAAUUCCUAGAAUGGUGGACCUGAAUUACUGCAAGGUUGUUGAUCCGACAGCUCUCCCGCGUAUUUUGCGAUGGAGAACUACUACGUCUGUUCCCGAGAUGAGAAAGUUGAACAAUUAUUUUUUCCAGAGCAAAGAGUCAGUUCAGUUGCGGGCGCUAUGUCCAAGUGAAGAGGAAAUGAGACAACCAUAUUGGAGUUGGCCACAGGGUCGCCCUGCUGUUGUCUCGGCAGAGUCAAUUCCUUCUUCAUGUGCUGACCUUGAUGAGUUGAACAAGGCGGUAAGCUUGUUGAGGUCCGAGUUGUUUCAAGUAAAGCGGGAAAAGGACGUCCUUGAGUUAAAGGUCAUACGGAUGGAAAAAAAUUUGGGCCACUGUUUAGGUCCUCAUUUUGAGCAGGAAGUGAGAAGGGACAUAGCUUUACUGAAAGAGAGGACGAAUCGUUGUGUCGUGUCACAUCUAUUUAAGGGAUAUGAGGAAGUGGAUGGCAUGCAAUGGGAUGAAGGGCCAAGUAAUAGAAAUGAAGGAGAGGCAAAUGAAGAGGAGGACAUUGAAGGGGGUGAAGGGCCAAAUAACAGAAAUGAGGGAGAGGACAAGGAAGAGGAGGGAUUGAAAGGGGUGAAGGGGCAAGUAAGACAAAUGAGGGAGAGGAAAAGGAAGAGGAGGGAUUGA